UAUAAAUGUGUAUCGUGUACAAUGAAAGAGUCGGUAAGCGAUUACUUCGCGCAGCGAUCGCUUAUGCCUCGAGACUUUAUUUGAAAAUACGCACAGACGUCAUUCUCGGGCAUAUAGCACAUACUUAUAUACACUUGCAGUUCGCUACCGCACACGGCAUAUAUAAUAAGUGCAGCAGUCCGCACACGGUCCGCAACAAAUCGAUCUGCUCGUUUCUUUCUUUAUACACACAACCCGUUUUCUGCGUGAACACGCGUAUUUCGAGAUCUAAGGCUUGCUGCUGUACGACGCUUUAUAACUCGCGCUUCUCUCCGUCCUUAGGGUUCUAUUUUUGAAAGGCCGCAAACAUUCGUAGAAAAACACGCUGAUGGAGAGAAUAGUUAUGUGGUCUUACAAGCUUCUUCAAUUCUUGUGAGCUGCUGCUCUGCUGCUCGUGUUAGAUCCGUUUGUGUGAGUGCGCGCUCCGUACUGCUGCUGCUGCAACUCUGUGCGUUCUGCUGCGUGUUUAUUUUAUAGCGAGGUGAAAGGCGCAACGUUCAAGACCCAUUUGUCAAACGAUAGUAACGUAUCCUCUUCGCCUUAUAAGAGACUUCCAAAUUCACAUUUGAAUAAAAUGGCAUCUGAUCUUUCAUCAAUGGAGAGCCCAUGGCAAUUUCAAAUUUUAAAUUCAGAAAUUGUGAUGACCCAGAAGGAUCAUAUAUUUCAUAAUGAAGAAAGCAAUGAAAUAGUCAGAGAAUUGGAAAAACAACUUGAACUCAUUUUUACACAUCUCCACGAUGUAGAAACACUUUAUGUGAGUACUGAUAUAGUACCGAUACUGCAAAAAGGUCCCACAUGUGGCUUAGUUGCAUUAUACAUGGGGACCCAAAAGAAUAAAAAUAGAAUGAAACCAAUUGAACUUCUAAAUGUUGCAAAAUUAAAAGGCUUUACAAAUCAUGGUGAAAUGUAUAGCGUAGAUUAUAUGUAUGACUUAAUUUUGUCAACUCAAAAUGCAGUAAAAAUAAGGCUACUAGAUGAUAUAAAAUCUCGUUCAAAUCAAAUACUUGAUGAAUUAAAAGGUGGUUCAUUGAUUCUUAUUGCCUACGAUGCAGAUCAUAAUCAUCAACCAUGUAAAAAGAAAGGUCAUAAAGCUCAUUGGGCUUUACUGAUUGGAAUGAUUGCAACUAAAUGUAAAAAUUACGUCUUAGCCCGUCACGGAAAAUCACGUCGUGUGGCAUGUUGGCUGUGGGAAGAUUUACUUGAUAGUAAUAUGAAUUUGGAAGAAGCAAGUCCUGUCAGACGUGAGGGUGGUUAUGUACUACCAGAAGGUGGAGUAGGUGGGAGCAAAGGCUUGAAAGAUAGGUUAAUUGUCUUAUAUUCCAAUGAGCCAACUCAUAGACUGAUACAUUGAGGAGAAAUGUAAUUUGUUAUUCAGAGCUUUAAUUAUCUAUAAACCAAAAAAAAAAAGUAAAAUAUUUAUAUCAGUAAAUAUUAAGAUACUGUGAUACCAUUGACUAUGAUCAAAUGUUUAUUAAUAUAGGACACAAUUGUAUUUUUUUAAUUUUUGUAAGAUUUAUUAUAUCGUUUUACUACAUUGACUUUUAAUGUAUAAAGUUUUUAAAUGAUUUUUGACUAGAUACAAAUAAUAAUUAAGAUAGGAAACUUUAUUUACACGUUAUCCGCAGUUUGUGAAUUACUGCAAGUGUAUGAAAGAAUAUUUGAAAUUUUUAUUAAAUUAAGUGAUUGCAAAGAAUACUGUAAAAGGCAUUACAUUUAUUUUUCAAGCUUACAAACAUCAACAACAAAAGACUAUUCGAAUUUUUUAUAUCGCUCCGUUUUUAUAAAUCCAUUAUUAAAUGUAUUUGUCAGAGUUGCUAAUCACCCAACUGCAUCUUAUUUUUGAGUUCUACAAUCAUUUUUUUGGUAUCUGCAGUAAUGCAUAACUAUCAAAUGAUGUUAUUUAAUUGUACGGACCUAAACAUUUUUGACAUUUAUUAAAUAAAAGAUUACUCAGCUAUAUCUUAUUUAGGCCAGCCAUCUGUCACAAGAUUUACUUAGUAAUAAUACUAAAGAUAUUUUUUUUCUAAUGAUAAAUUUGAGGAUGCGAUUAUCGAAUAAUGGAGAUUGUCGAAUAUCGAAUAUCGAAUAUCGAAUGAGUCGCGCGAAGCGCGCUGAAUGUCUCUAUGAAUUGAAGUAUGUAAAUCGAUAUCGAAUUAAAAUCGAAAUGUAUAAUCGGAAAAGAGCAGAUUAAAAAGAUUGUUAAUAAAUAAUUCGUUAACCUGAUCAGUCAGAAUAAAAAAUUAAAUAUUACAUAACCCCAGGCCGAGGCGAAGCCGAGGCCGCAAAAGGAGUGCAUAAGGGAUUUCUUUUUUGGCGAUUUAGACUACAUACGAUAUUUCAUAUUCAGUGGUCCCAUAAUAGCAUUUCCUUCUCUACGCAGGCGAAGGAAAAUAGUUGCUUACGGGCCGGUGGUAAAAUCAUUUAUAAAUAAAAUAUAUCUAUGUCUCAUAGCAAAAUGAUGCUACUGUGGAUUAUGAAGGAUAGGACUUGAUUUAGCAAGAUUCUACUUCGACCAUCCGUACAAUGAAAAUAAAAAAAAUCGCAUUCAACGAAGACAAUUUAAAACUGAACACGCUUUAAACCCCAAAGAGUUAACAUUGGUACUUCAAAAAGUUAUUCCCGAGAAACGUUCGCCGGAAAUUCUAUUCGAGGCCGUGCUUAAUAGGAUUCAAAAGAGUAAUUCGUAAACACUACACUUAAAAGCGUUGCGAACGCAGAUUAUUUUUUUUCUAAAUUGACAAGGAAAAGUAAUUUAUAAUUCGGAUUGACCUUUUCAAAAACACGUUUGAUUGAAAUUUGAAAUUUUUAUUAAAUUAAGUGAUUGCAAAAAAUACUGUAAAAGGCAUUACAUUUAUUUUUC